UGUUUUUGUUUUUCUCUUGUUGUUGUUUUGAGUUUUCGCAUUUCUAAUUUUCAAUCUAAUUGUUGAUUUAAUUUUAUUCUAAAAAUUGGAUUGAAAUGUUUUUUCGAUUAUUUCGAUUGGCCCAUUUUUCUGGUUUAAGUUCAUCUAAACGAGGACUCACUGGAAGGUCACAAUAUUUUCUUAAAGAUGGACCUAAAGCAAUUAGGCCUCGGGAUAAGCCUGUUGUCUUUGGUGAUUAUUUAUUGUUUGCGAUUCCAGCGACUACCUUUUGUCUUGGUGCUUGGCAAGUCAAGAGAUAUAUGUGGAAACAGGACUUGAAAUCUCAACUGAAAAGUCAAUUAUCCAAGGAACCAGUACCAUUGCCUGAAGAUUUACGUGCUGUUGAUGAUAUGGAAUAUCAAAGAGUAAUAUUAACUGGUCAUUUUGACCAUUCCAAGGAACAAUUUAUUGGCCCUAGAGUUUUCCUAAAAGAAUCGGCUAUUGCAGUUCCUAGUAUGCUCUCUGGAAAUAUCAAUGGUUUCCAUGUAGUUACACCAUUUAAAUUAGCUAAUAGAGAUUAUAGUGUGUUAAUUAAUCGAGGUUGGGUACCGAAGGAUAGACUUGACCCUAGUAGAAGAUUAGAAGGUCAAAUAGAAGAUGAAGUAACGAUCACUGGAAUUGUUAGAAAGUCAGAAAUAACGGACAAUUAUUCUGGAUCAAAGGAAGCAAAUGGUAUCUGGCUACGUCGGAAUAUCGAUCACAUAGCCCAAGAAUGUAAUUCUGCUCCCGUUAUGAUUGACUCUGAUUUAGAAAGCUCAGUUCGUGGUGGACCAAUUGGUGGACAAACACGAGUUGAAUUAGUUGACAAUCACAUGUCAUACAUAAUCACUUGGUACACAUUGACAGUGAUAUUAUGUUACCUUUGUUUAAAGCGAAUCUACGUUAAAAAGAAUCCAAUUCAAGUAUCAUAGGCAAUCAACUAUGGUUUGUGUGUGUACAAUCAAAUUGUAAUUAAAUCUCGACAAGACAAUUUAGCUUAUAAAACAA